AUGCUGCGACGCCCAGCCACCGUCAUCCUACUGACAGAGGAGGAUGUGAAUACCCACAUGGAGCGGAUCCUCCUGGCUCGGUCCUCCUUGCCGGUGAAUAUCGGUGCCCUGAGCCUAGACGACGAAGACCAGAAAAGCGUCAUCCGAGACGACAAAGCCGAUCAAAUAGCUCCUUCAUCCUCGAACACCAUGACCGCAUCAUCAUCUUCUUCCACAGUUGCUGGGAUGUGCCCAGCGUCCAAUGUCUUCCCAGCCUCCCUGAUGCGUGUGCGUGGGUUGACCCACCACGCAAUUGCUGCUAAUUCUGUCAACCCCAACGGGGCGGUUCCCACAGCCAACGCAGCCGUCCAACUGAUAUCAACUCAUUUCCCACAGACUGCUCUAGCGACCCAGUUAUCAGCCGGGUCCUCCUCACCUUCACGAACUGAACUGACCAUUCCGCCGCAAGAGUUUCUGGACCACCACAUCCUGCCCUCGCCCACGAGCAAGCAAGUAGACAUGUAUCCUCGCCGGCACCAGGCUCGAAAUGCAGGAUCUAAUGCGCACCCGGACCAGGCGCACUACUCUCCUGAUCCGUCGCCUCGACUAGCGCCCACUCCCACACCCACUCGUACGUCGCCGGGUCCGACCAGCGACCAUGUUCCACUGCGGGCUCUAGAUCUAGCGUCGUCAACUAGGUCUGCCGAAGUGGACCUGAUUGAGAUGGAGACCUCGUCUGCGCCAGCAGCUCACCACUGA